AAGGAAGUACCAUUUAUUGGGCGCUGUGUGUGUGCUCUUAUUUCCACUGGCCUUACAAGACCAUGCAUUGUGUAGAUGAGGAAACUGAGUCAUAAUAAAUAUGUGCUGAACCGCUCGGGGGUCACACGGUGCUGAAAUGGUUUCGAGUCAACUCGCUCGGACGGUACUCGGCCGCAGCCUCCGGCCCUGGAACCCUCUCCAGGGACCGGACCAGCCCUUGUUCUGUUCCCUACCGGUACCACAGGAAUCUUGACGAACGGCCCAAAUGCCGGGCCGCUGUCAGAGUGACGCCGCGAUGAGAGUAAACGGGCCAGCAGCUCGUGGACCAGCGGGGUGGACCAGCGGGAGUCUGCACACAACCUCCCGAGCAGGACGCCCUCGUGCGCAGGCGCGGGGUGCACGUGGGCGGGACCUCCUCCUCCGGCCCCGCCCAGCCGAAGGAGCUUCCUCUUCCGAGGAAAGGCGGGGCCUGGGCGCCCGCGGGAAACCCGGGCCCGUUGCCUCCGCUAGGUGCAGCCGUAGGAAUGGCAGGUUCGGGGAGGCUGGUCCUACGGCCCUGGAUUCGGGAGCUGAUUCUGGGGUCAGAGACACUCUCCAGUCCACGAGCCGGGCAGCUGCUCGAGGUACUACAGGAGGCCGCGGCCGCGGGCCCAUCCCACGCCCCUGAUACGUCCGACGUCGGCGCCACGCUGCUUGUGUCUGACGGGACCCACAGUGUCCGAUGCCUGGUGACGCGGGAGGCCCUGGACACCUCGGACUGGGAGGAGAAGGAGUUCGGCUUCCGCGGGACAGAGGGCCGGCUGCUGCUGCUGCAGGACUGCGGGGUCCAUGUCCAGGUCGCUGAGGGCGGCGCGCCCGCAGAGUUCUAUCUCCAGGUGGACCGCUUCAGCCUGCUGCCCACAGAGCAGCCCCGGCUACGGGUGCCUGGUUGCAACCAAGACUUAGAUGUUCAGAAAAAGCUCUAUGACUGCCUUGAGGAGCACCUUUCAGAGUCCACCUCGUCCAAUGCAGGCCUAUCACUGUCCCAGCUUCUGGAUGAAAUGCGGGAGGACCAGGAGCAUCAGGGGGCACUCGUGUGCCUGGCUGAAAGCUGCCUGACACUGGAGGGCCCUUGCACAGCACCCCCCAUCACCCACUGGGCUGCCUCACGAUGCAAGGCCACGGGAGAAGCUGUGUACACUGUCCCCAGCUCAAUGCUGUGCAUCUCUGAGAAUGACCAGCUAAUUCUGAGCUCUCUAGGCCCCUGUCAGAGGACACAGGGCCCUGAGCUGCCCCCACCAGACCCGGCUCUGCAGGACCUAUCUCUGACUCUCAUAGCCUCUCCUCCUUCCUCACCCAGUUCCUCAGGAACCCCGGCCUUACCCGGCCACAUGUCAUCCGAGGAAAGUGGUACCAGCAUCAGCCUUCUGCCUGCCCUGUCCUUGGCUGCUCCAGACCCAGGGCAGAGGAGCAGCUCCCAGCCCCCACCAGCCAUCUGCUCAGCCCCUGCCCCUCUGACCCCCAGGUCCCCACACCCCAGUCGUACCCCCAGCUCCCCACUCCAGAGCUGCACUCCCAGUCUCUCACCCCGUAGCCAUGUCCCCAGUCCACACCAGGCUCUUGUGACCAGGCCCCAGAAACCUAGCCUGGAGUUCAAGGAGUUUGUAGGGUUGCCCUGCAAGAAUCGGCUGCCUUUUCCCAGGACCAGAGCUACCAAGGGAGCCCAGGAGCCCUGCUCUGUCUGGGAACCCCCAAAGAAGCAUCGUGAUGGUUCUGCCUUCCAGUAUGAGUAUGAGCCACCCUGCACGUCCCUCUGUGCUCGGGUCCAAGCUGCCAGGCUUUCUCCCCAGCUCAUGGCCUGGGCCUUGCACUUUCUGAUGGAUCCACAGCCAGAGUCUGAGCCAACUCCGAUGUGAGAGGUCAGACAGGACAGAUACCGCUCCACACUCUGCUUCCUUUGAGUUUUUUAAUAAAAUAAUCUCAUGCGGCAGGAGAGGAGAGGAUCAGGGA